UUUGUGAGAACGGGCCAUAACCUCAUGGAUCGUUCCGCAGAGAGCAUCACGGUGCAUUCUAUUUGUAUUUUUGUUAUAUUUCCUCGCUUGUUGGUAAAACUUUUGUCAUGAUUAAAUAUAAUCUAAUGCUUUAAAGCACUUUAAAGUAUCACAGUCUUAUUAAAUACCUUUUUUAUUAAUAUAAAGAAUUUAAAAAGACAUACUGUUUGUAAACAUAUAUGCACGUGACAACACAAACGAUAAUAUGAAGAUAACAGUUGACGGAUUAAUUGUAUAUUUUCCAUAUGAUUACAUUUAUCCAGAGCAAUAUGCAUAUAUGCUUGAGCUCAAGCGUGGAUUGGAUGCCAAGGGACAUUGUAUGUUAGAAAUGCCUUCGGGCACUGGCAAGACGAUAACUUUGCUGUCGCUUAUUGUAGCAUAUAUGUUGGCACAUCCACUCGAUGUCACAAAACUGAUUUAUUGUUCCCGAACAGUGCCAGAAAUAGAGAAGGUUAUACAGGAAUUAAAAAAUCUCAUAGACUAUUAUGAGGAAGAAACCAAAAGCAAAUCAAAUGUUAUUGGUUUAGUCCUUAGCUCACGUAAAAAUAUGUGCAUUCAUCCAGAGGUCAGUAAAGAACGAGAGGGCAAAAUUGUGGAUGGUCGAUGUCACUCUCUUACCGCGUCAUACGUACGAGAGAGACACAAUUAUGACGAAUCCACGCCAAUUUGUACUUUUUAUGAAGCAUUUGAUAUGGAAGGUAAAGAACAAAUUAUUCCUCCUGGUAUUUAUUCCAUCGAUGAUUUGAAAGACUAUGGGAAGGACCGUAACUGGUGUCCGUAUUUUCUCGCGAGAUACACAAUUUUACAUGCACAUAUUGUAGUAUACAGUUAUCAUUAUCUGCUAGAUCCAAAGAUUGCAGAAAUGGUGUCUAAAGAGCUAAGCAAGAGUUCUGUAGUUGUGUUUGAUGAGGCUCAUAACAUUGAUAAUGUCUGUAUUGAUUCGAUGAGUGUCAAGAUAAAUAGGAAACUGAUGGAGAGAAGUUCAGCCAAUAUACAACUCUUGGAGAAAACCGUAGCUGAAAUGAGGGAUGACGAUUCAAACAGAUUAAAGGAAGAAUACGACAGAUUGGUCGCGGGAUUGAAAGAUGCUCAGUUACAAAGGGAAACCGAUGUUAUCUUGGCUAAUCCUAUUCUACCGAAUGAAAUACUCGAAGAAGCUGUUCCGGGUAACAUAAGGAAUGCCGAGCAUUUCAUUGGUUUUUUGAAACGAUUCGUCGAGUACCUGAAGACUCGUUUACGUGUCCAACACGUUGUGCAAGAGUCACCCGCCGCAUUUUUACGAGAUAUCCAAACAAAAGUCGCUAUUGAUCGUAAACCGUUGCGAUUUUGCGCGACAAGAUUGGCGUCCCUGCUACGCACCAUGGAAAUAAUAGAUCUAACGGAUUUCUCUCCGAUAAUUUUGGUGACGCACCUUGCGACAUUGGUUUCGACAUACACGCACGGCUUUACAAUCAUAGUAGAGCCGUUUGACGAUAAAACGCCAACAAUUUUGAAUCCAAUUUUAUAUUUUACCUGCCUGGAUUCCUCAAUCGCCAUCAAGCCAAUUUUCGAUAGAUUUCAAUCUGUAGUAAUUACUUCUGGGACGCUAUCUCCAUUGGAUAUGUAUCCGAAAAUUCUCAAUUUUAAACCGGUCAUAAUGUCGUCGUUUACAAUGACAUUGGCUAGACCGUGCCUCUUGCCCAUGGUCGUCGCCAAAGGCAAUGAUCAAGUGGCCAUCUCAUCGAAAUAUGAGACACGAGAAGAUGUGGCUGUUAUAAGAAAUUAUGGUCAAUUGUUGGUCGAAUUUGCCGCAACAGUUCCCGAUGGUUUAGUCUGCUUUUUCACGUCGUAUCUCUACAUGGAAUCUGUGGUGGCUGCUUGGUACGACCAAGGAGUGGUGGACCAACUUCAGAGACAUAAAUUAUUGUUUAUUGAAACUCAGGAUUCUGCUGAGACUAGUUUGGCACUAGUCAACUACAUAAAAGCUUGUAAUAAUGGUAGAGGAGCCAUUCUGCUUUCGGUGGCUCGUGGAAAGGUAUCCGAGGGCGUUGAUUUCGACCAUCACCUGGGCAGAGCUGUGCUGAUGUUCGGCAUACCAUACGUAUACACGCAAUCACGAAUUUUAAAGGCGCGUUUAGAAUAUCUUCGGGACCAGUUUCAAAUUCGAGAGAACGAUUUCUUAACCUUCGAUGCCAUGAGACAUGCCGCUCAGUGCGUGGGACGUGCGAUUAGAGGCAAGACGGACUAUGGUAUUAUGGUAUUUGCUGAUAAGAGGUUCUCAAAAACAGAUAAACGAAGCAAACUACCGAAAUGGAUACAGGAAUAUUUAAUUGAUAGUUUAUGCAAUCUAUCUACCGAAGAAGCUAUACAGAUUAGCAAAAGAUGGUUGCGACAAAUGGCACAGCCAUUUACACGUGAGAACCAGCUUGGACUGUCUUUACUGACGAAGGAACAACUCGAGAAAGAAGAGGCUGCAAAAAUCGAGGAAAAGGCACAACAAAAUUGAUAGCAAACCAAGAUAUUGCCGCAAACUAAGAAGAAAGUAAAGAGAGAAGAAGUUUUGCUUGACUCUGAGAGAGUAACUUUUCGUUCUUGCCGUUUGUUGUAGAAAGUUUGUUCUAGUUAACGUUUUAUUCGUAUUUUCAACGGAAACUUUUCUAUUUUUACAGGAAACAUGAAUAUACGACAUACAUUUUCCAAUAGCGUAAUCCUUUCGUCGAUUUGAGUUUGCCUCGAGAAAUUGCGAAAUUUCAACAGUAAGGUUUAUUAAGAAGGCAAUGGAAUUAAAAAAAGUUUAAUAACAAAGAAUAGCAGACUUUAACAGUAGAAAAUACAGUUAUAUACCUAC